AUGAGCUCUCCCUCUUCACAAAAGCCAAAAUCCGGUUUUGUCGCAGCGCUUGAAUACACCGGAAUUCCUCCCUCCUUACUCAAACGGCCUAAACUUCCUGGAAGAAAUUGGCUUAUAUUUUUCGGGGUCACCGGGUCAUUGGUUGGAGCGUAUAUAUAUGACAGGAGACAAUGUCGAGCGUUGAGGGAAGAAUAUAUCGGCAGGGUCAAGAAUUUAGCAGAGGAAUAUAGCUGGCACGAUGGUAGUGGAGUAGAAACACUUGGGAAAGAUGCCCAUUUGGCCUGGCCACGUAAACUGACAGUAUAUGCAGCCAGGUGGCCUGGGGAUGAGGACUAUGAUGUGGCGAUGAAGUAUUUUAGAAGGUAUUUGAAGCCAAUCUUCGUCGCAGCGGCUAUUGAUUAUGAUAUGGUCCCGGGCAAGAAACAUGGCGAUCUAACACUGAAGAUUGCUGAUGAGAUCAAGAGGAAGCGGGCUGAGCAGGAAUAUGCAACCUCAAGCUCUGAAUCGGUUUCACCUGGGAUGGCUAUGCCUCCACAAUACCAUGCCCCGACGCAGACCGAACGGGAGUCAUUGGAACUCGCUGGCGGGACAGUCAUCAUCGGAAGAGCCACCCUCAAAGAAUACUUCUCCGGGAUCGUCCGUGGCUGGACGGAACCUCCAACUGUGGAUGGGAGGCCGAACUGGGGCGAUGACUCGAGGGAGGAGAAAGUACGGAGUAUGCUAGAUGAUAGCGUGUUCGACGAACAGGACCUGUAUACACAAAACGUUUCUUCAUCUCUGAACACACCGGCACCAUUACCGGUAUUGUCCAACGCUGCUCUACCUGACAUUCCUCCCCUCCCUCCCCUACUUCUCGUUCCCUUCGUCAACCACAUCGGAUUUACUCAGAUUCCUUACAUGGUUCUCGACUUUUUCUAUAGACGGAAGCAUGUCAGAGACGGAGGAGAAGCGGCGUUGAGAGCUGUGUCUGGAGCCACCAGGGAAUUGCAAGGACCAAAUUCAAAUUUGAAGUCGGGUCUGACCCUUCUUGCGCCACCACCACCCCAAGGCGGCGAUCUUGAUUUCGCAUUGCGUACCGAGUCAUUCUACCGAUCCUCGUUACGGUCGCCCCUUCCAUCGCUUUUGGAUACAUCUCCUUCAUCAACCUCUUCCGAAUCGUCCUCGUCAUCAAGCACAACCAUUCCUGUAUCAGAGUCCGCUUCUGUAAACGACAUAAAUCCCAAGUCGCCACUGGGAGUAAUCCAACAAGCUCGAGAAAAGUAUUAUAAUGAGCUACCCCGGAAGUUAUGGGUCGCGAGAGAGUUUGCGAGGAGAGGUGGGUUUGAUGAGAUCGAAAGACCGAACAUUGGUGAAAAUGAGAAGGAAGGCAUUAUCUCGGAAGAGUUAAUGAAAGAAUGGAAAAAAGCUAAGGAGGCUUAUAAUUCGGAUCCGUCUAAAAUACCUCCCUCCGAAGUUCAACUACGCUUGGAGAGAUUAGAGAAGGAAAAAAUAUGGAGAAGGGAUGAGGAGGGUUGGGAGAUUGUUAGACCUGAAAGAGGUGUGUGUUGGGAUGAGAGGCUCGGAGCAAGUGGGAAAGGAGCAUUAACUGUUUUCAUUGACCCCAGCCGGAAUUGA